CACAGCGGGGAGGCGGAGGUGGAGAGAUGCAGUCGCAGUCGGGAUGGGAGAGGACGCGGUGAGGAGAGUGCUUCCUUUCAACCAUGGACAUUUUGCUGCUGAGAAGCCUGCACGUUUUUUGGAAUAAGGACUUAAAAGACUUGCAUAUUACCAGAUAUUUUCUCUUCCCCCUUUCUCUCUCUCCCUUUUUAAUUCCAAAGGAGAGAGACGCGCUUGCAGAAUGUGGAACAUUGCAGGUGGGGAGAGAAGAAUAAUGCAGUUUGAUGUAGAUUUUUAUAGUGAAAAAUGCGCUCAAGUCUUAAUUGGAUACUUACGCACGUUUUAAUUUUUUAAAAGUCGCCUGGACUGCAAAAAAAGCCAAAAACAAAAACAUGGAUUUCUUUAAUAUCUCCAGCCUGGAAGACGGGAUAGAGGCAGAAAAUAGCUCCUCUAAUUCCACCUCUGGGAGCCAGUACACCCAGCUCGCUAUCUGGGGACUCGCUGGUCUUGUCAGCUUUCUGAUUUUGUUUACAAUAGUCGGGAACGUUUUGGUGGUCAUCGCAGUUUUAACGAGCAGAGCUUUGAAACCACCCCAGAACCUCUUCCUUGUCUCCCUGGCCAGUGCGGACAUACUGGUGGCCACUCUGGUCAUGCCCUUUUCUCUGGCAAAUGAACUCAUGGGCUACUGGUUUUUUGGCAAAAUCUGGUGUGACAUCUACCUGGCUCUGGAUGUUUUAUUCUGCACCUCUUCUAUUGUUCACCUGUGUGCUAUUAGUUUGGACAGGUACUGGUCAGUGACACAGGCAGUAGAGUAUAACUUAAAGAGAACGCCUAAACGAGUAAAAGGCAUGAUUGUGGUGGUCUGGUUGAUCUCAGCCGUCAUCUCCUUCCCUCCACUGAUUUCAAUGGACAGGAGCAGCAGUGAGGCCAGUCCCCAGUGUAUCCUCAAUGAUGAAACCUGGUACAUCCUCUACUCUAGCAUUGGAUCAUUCUUUUCCCCUUGUGUUAUCAUGAUCCUGGUGUACAUUCGGAUCUACCAGGUGGCAAAAACCAGGACCAGAACAAUGUCAGAGAAGAAGAGGGAUGUGGAUUCGCCGAUGGAGAAUGGAAUGGACCAAGCUGAGCCCGGCAGAGGCGGGUCUUUAAAGUCCAACAGAGGUGGGAGCAUGAAAGACCAGGAGCAUGAGAAUGGGCACUGCCAGGAUCAGGCUGUCCGAUCCCCUCUCCCGAACCAGCCGAAACAUCCAUCGACCGAUCACGACGACGACUUCGACGACAGCAGCUCGUCGGACGAGAAAGUUAAAAAAACUUCCAGCUCCUCGAGGCAUCACCAUGAACCCAGGAAAGACAGGAAGACUAGCCGGAAGAGCAGCUCCGCCUCGAAAUACUCCAGCAGAAAAUCGCGCGCCAGUUCCAAAUCCAUGGAGCUGUUUUCUUCCCGCCGAAAACGCCAGAACACUGUCAACCGGAAGAAGGUCUCCGCAGCUCGGGAGAAGCGCUUCACCUUCGUGCUCGCCGUGGUCAUGGGCGUAUUUGUCGUGUGCUGGUUCCCCUUCUUCUUCUCCUAUAGCCUGUAUGGAAUCUGCCGUGAAGUGUGCAAGAUCCCAGACACGCUAUUUAAGUUCUUUUUCUGGAUUGGCUACUGCAACAGCUCGCUGAACCCGGUCAUCUACACCAUCUUCAACCAGGACUUCCGCAGAGCCUUCCAGAAGAUCCUCUGUAAGUCAUGGAAACGCUCCUUUUGAGGGCUGCUGCAUAGCUGGGUUUGUAAUAGACAUUUUACCCCGGAGGACAAAGUGUCACACUGUUCUGAGCCGUUUGAUAAAGUGCCGGCCUGAGGGUGCUUUCACACCUUUUUCUUUCAGGGAUUGUGCAUUAGAAGUGAAGGCAUGCUUUACGGUUGAAAGGAUUGAAUUAAAGUACGGAGGAAAAAAAAGGAUCUAAAUUUAAAGAUAAGCUCGGAUCAUUUUUACAGAGGAGGCUGCUAUUCAACGCCUGUCAGGCUGCUUUGGGACUCAGAUGUGGGCACCUCAAUGACUUCUCUCUUCAUUUUAAUAAAAUUAACGUACUCCUCGCAGUUGCUGUGAUGCAUGCCUGCCACAGUGGCUGCACUCGGAUGAAAUUCACAGGAGGCAAAAAUGGUUCACGGAGACACUUGAUUUACAAUGUGACCUCAAUUCACUGAGUAUAAUGCUUAAGGCCUUGACAAUCUUCACACAACCGUUGUUUGUGACGUUAGAUAGUAUAAUCUAUCUUUUAUCUCUGUCUCUUACUCCGAUAUUUCUUUACCUUUCUAUUGCGUCACACUCUCAACAUGAGGACCAAUGGGACGAAGGGGCUUCUUGCUUACUGUUUAAGUAGCAAAACUGUUUAAAAAAAAAAAAAAAAAGACUUAUCUUAAAGAAACAAACAGUCAUAUUUCUGCUUCAGUGUUCUGCGUGAGGUUUAAAAGUGUCUAAACUGGAAGAUGCAGCAAAAACUUUUGAUCAAGGCGUGAGUUUAUGGCGAACGGCUUGUACAGUAAAGCGGCAACACAGGAAAUUUUUCUCUCCAGGCAUGUGUUUGCGCCUUCCUCUCCCCUCUGUGAAAACAGCUGAAAUACAGAAGUACUGCUGGAGCAGAUGGGCACCUACUGAGGCAUUCACAGCAUGUGUGAAUUUUCAUGUAUGUAUGUGUGUGCGAGAAGGAAAGAGGGAGACAACAUGUGGAUCCAUGUUGUGAAAAAGCAAAGCCAGAGGGUUUACUACAUCUUAACCCAACUUCCAGUCUGUGAUUGUGUGUGUGUGUGUGUGUGUGUGUGUGUGUGUGUGUGUGUGUGUGUGUGUGUGUGUGUGUGAGUGUGUAUAAGCCUGCUUUGUCAAAUGGCCUGAUUCUCUCUGGUCCAGUGUCUGUGUAUUCUGUCUAUCCUGGUUUUUUUUUUUAUUUUGUUUUGCCCCACAUCCCUUUUCUCCUUUACAGCCACAGUAAAAAACCAAACACUGUAUUGCUCUUUUGUAACGUCUGCUGCUGCCACACAAAUAAUGAACACACAUCUGCAUUAUUAUCAUGUACACAAAGAUAUAGAAAUGAUUUAUACAUUUCAAGCAUUUAUAGCCACAAGGGCUGUUUUUUUUUCCUUGUGUAAAUAAUUGAAGACAGUGCAGUAUUAUUGUGUGGUGCCCCAUAAUCACACAUGUAUCAAUAUGCUACAAAUGUUUAUGUUUGUAUAAUGAACAAUGCUCUGAAAGAUUUUCCAUGUUAAACAGACUUCUGUCCUUUUCUAAAAGAACAAGUGUUUACUUCUCUGCUUUGAGCACAUUUAAAAAGAUCAAAUAAAGACGUCACUUCAGUUGUUCACUGAA